ACCACACACUAACAAUAUCUCAAUGUGUCUUGUUCAACAAACCGCGGCGAACGACGAUGAUAAAAUCAGUAUCGCGGAGGAAUAGCGCCGUUAAAUGUUGGAAUAUUUUACAUUAUGAGAUUUUUACAUAUUUUGUUUUUCCUUAAUAAAUAAAUUGAAGGUAACUAUUAAAGAUAUAAUGUGUAAGAGACUUGACUUGGAAUGGAGUUCCAAUUCCAGGAUAACAAAGGAUAUAAUUGUAUUGUAUUAUUAGUGAUUAUGCAAAACAAUAACGAUGGAUGCACCGUUAGAUUUCCGAUUAGAUAGAAAUAGAAUUCUACCAAAUGGAUUACCCUCUGGAUCUUUUGGUAAUUAUGAAUCUGCUUUUGCUGAAGGCAGCCGAGUUUCAGCACUUAACAGAAGUGCCUCUGGAUCAAUCCCGGACCUGGCACGUAUUGGAACACCAGCAUCGCUAAGCCAGUUUCCCAGUCGAUAUUUUCACCAUUCUGUAGGAGCUCAGGGGACAUCCUAUCCACUUGUUGGAGGUUAUUUACCAGGAACACCAACAGAACAUCUUAAAUCGUUACUUCCAGAGGAAUAUUGGGCGUCACAUGUCGAUGGUUCCCGAUAUGUGCUCAACAAUAAUCUUUACUCGCCAUAUUUUCCUUACCUACCGGCGACGGAAUCCCUGUCACUGUUUGCCCACAACCUAGGGGCAGGGGGAGUGGAUCAGUCGGGGUAUCAUCGGAUUUAUGAUCUUCGAAAAGAUGCAGCGCUCUAUUCUGGCCUUCAAAUGGUACCGUCUACUUCUGUUGGGUCACAAAAUUCUCAGACCGAAUCGAAUACCAAAAAAGAUCCAUCCAGAUCUGAAUCUAAACGAACUGAUUCGACAAAGACUAGCGGUAAAAUUCAAGAUACCGUCAGCAAGGCCUACAAUUCACAGAAAACAUUUAAGGAUACAGAUAAACGGUCAGACGUGAAGAAAACGGAGAAAACUCAAGUUUCUAAAUCAGUUUCUAGUACUGUCAGCAAAACUGUAAAUUCAAAGAAGGAUAAAGUUAGUAAAUAUAGUGAUGAUAAAAACGAGGACAAAAAUAAAAACAGUAAAAAAGAUGAAAAGACUCCAAAAAUAACAUCUAAUGAUAAAUUGGAAAAAGUAAGUGAUGUACUCAUGAAAGAUUCUAAAUUAGGUCAAGAUGAAAAUGCAGAUUUGAAAAAAUCGAACGAUGAGCUGGAAGAAUCUGAAAAAGACAACACCGAAGAAAAUUCAGAACAGAAAAUGAGUAACGAAAUCAAAGAACAAGUUAUAAAAUGUAAAGGUACAAAUUCUGUAACUCUGACAACAGUUACCAGUUCAUCGAGUAUUGUUUCAGUUUUGGAAUCUCCAAGUGGGUCUAGUCAAAUCAAACCAGUUGCCACAACAGAUCCAUUUAAAGUGACUACAGCCACAACGUUCUCGCUACCAUAUUAUCAUUCUCUAUUCUCAACUACUCAUGCUUUAUUGUCACCGCCGCUUUCUGGCUCUACUGUCAGUACAGCAUCCAUGUGCUCGGAACCAGUGCAAACUGUACCAUGUGACAUGAGAAUAAAGAAAGAACCAGCAGUGUAUACGUGUUCUAAGAAGUCAGAAACUAAUACAACACAAAGUAGCAAAAAGCAUGCAAAUGAUUCAAAUCUAGAUAAAAAUGUUCAAACUGUGACUGAUCAAAACGUAGGCAAAUGCAAUGAUAAAGACAAUUUGAAAAUGAAAUUGACUUCGCCUGUAAGCUCGGUUACAAAGUCGUCUUCGUCCUCUUCCGCAACGCCUUUAUGUUUAAAGAAGCAUAUUCUAGAAAAAAGUAAAGAAUGGACUUCAAGUGAAAAUACUGUUACAGAACCCAAAUCUGAAAAGAAAAAUGAAGGUAAAAGUGAGAACAGUAAGGUUUCUGAUAAUACUGCAUGUGAUACAAAGAUAAACGAAGCAAGCAAAUUGACUAGAAGCGAAGAUGAUAAAAUAUUAGCAGAUUUUAAGCCACGGAAUAAGGAGAUUCAACAACUGACGACAACGUCGAAGGAUACCGUCAGAGCAAUUAGUAAAGUGUUAUCAAAGCGACAGGAAUCUUUUGAAUCAUUGAAAUCAAAUACAGAUAAUCCGAGAAUGGUGUCUUCUCCAAGAAAACAAGAACAGAAGCUAUCAACAAAGAGGGUAUUGAUAAAACCUAAAUGUGACGACAAGAAAUCGUCAGGAGUUAGUAAUAUACCUAUUGGAAUAGCAGUUGCACGAAAGAGAGAAGAGUUAAAGAAAGAUGAUACAGAUGAUAGCGGUGACGGUGGCGAAUCGUUAAACGGAUCUUCCCACAAUAGCACUAGUCAAAGCAGAAUUAAUGAUCAGUCAAGUUCUGCCACAAAAUCAAUACCAAAUGUCAACGUUGUGGAUAUGAGGAGCCAAUUGCCAGCCAAUCUUAUAGUGACUGGAUCUGCAACUGGAGCAGGCAUUGCAUGGUCUGAUGAUCCAACAAGACAUUUUCCAACACAAUGGAUGCAAACCCCACAGUUAAACCAGUCAUGGAUUGGACAGAUCCCAUUCUCGAUGCCACCUUCUGUUCCAACUUCUAGCACGACAGACCAGACACUACCCAUAACAAUACCUCCUGGAUUCAAAAUUGCGCAGGAUUCUGUUACAGGACAGUUGGUCAUGAUUCCCUCCAAUGAUAUUGAAAUUUACGACCCGAGCCGAAUCUGGAGUUCAUAUGCUGCAACUUCUCAACCAAUUAUGCCUUCCCAUCAACUGUCACAGAUUCUUCCUCAUAACCAAGAAAGACCAUUUGUAGUACAACAGUAUCAACAGUUGAUCCAAAAUAGACAAGAUACUAUUGUCACGUCAGAGAACACAUAUAACCAAAACAUACAGGUAUCAUCAGGCAGCAUAAAAAACAAAGUUACAACAACAACGACGAAACCAGCAAAGGGAAUCGAGAAGAAAACAAAGUCUGUAGGAAUGGUUACUCCACAAGUUACCUCAGAUGUUGGAACAUCCUCACAGACAUUACCAUAUUCUUAUCCGGGACCAGUGCCUUUAAUUGUAAAUUCUAGCAUAGUAUCUCACGCUAAUCUAUCUUGCACAGAAGCUAUUAAAUCCGAGCUUUCAACAGUACAGUCACGAGGUACUUCUCCAAUGGUACCCGCGAGCGAGAUUGAAGACACUGAACAAGAAAUGAUUGAUAACUCUCCCGUCCAACUUAAAACAGACAAUGAAGUUCAUAUAGACAAAAAAGACAUAAUUAAUGAUGACGACGAGUCUUCGUUUUCAUCGACAGAUUCCUUUGUACAUAUGCAUGUAACAAAUUUAAAAAAUGAAAAUGAGAAAGAUAAUACUGUUUAUACCAGCAAGGAUUCGGUUGAGUUAGAAAUUACAACAAAAGACAAAACUGUUCUUCCAAAUGAUGAAGUUUCUUUUAAAGCACAAAUUAAAACACUAACUACUGAUUCUGAAAAUCAAAUAUUAUUGCAUAAUAUACAGAAAAAGGAAAGUGAUAGAACAAUAGAGUCUUUACCCGCAAAUGAAUUGCAAAAUCCUGAUUUAGUCAAACCUGACGAGAAAGUGUCAUCUAAUCAGUGUUGUGAUCAAAUUAAAGACAAGAAAUCAGUAGAGUCUGUGAAAGAGGACAAAUCGUCUGAAGACUAUAAUCCAUUUCUUGAUCCACAAAUCCUACAAGCUGUCGAUGGUCUCGAACUUUUAAGUGCGCUUGCUGAAAAGCGUUCUAAAUCAAUAGAUACCAGAAAGGACAUAAAAGAAGAGGACGAAAAGGAUGAGGUUAACAAUAAAAUGUCGGAUGAGGUUGAAAAUAAAAUGUCGGAUGAGGUUAAAGAUAAAAUGUCGGAUAAAAUGUCGGAGGAUAAAAUAGAACAAGACACAUCUGAAGAGAAAGAAGAAAAAGUUAAACCUAUUAAAAGACCAAAAAUUAAAAGAACUAUCAGUCGAACACGAUCAAUACCUCCAAUAAAAGAGUCUGAGCCUCCGAGUUACUAUACCUCUACGGGGCUACGCAUACCACAAGACCUCCCUUCUUUUCUUGACAUAGGAGAGGAGGAAAUCAAUGCCAUCGAACUGGACAUGAGAAUACGUUUAGCUGAACUUCAAAGAAUGUACAAAGAAAAACAGAAACAGUUGUCCAAAUUGCAACCGAAAAAAGAAAAAGAAAAAGAAUCCCCACAAAAAGAGCACAAAGAAAAAGAGUGUGGAGAAGCUAAGAGAGGACCAGGUCGGCCAAAGAAAAAGCAGGUUUCUUCACCAGGAUCAGACACCAGUGAGAAAAAACCGUCACCAAAAACAAAAGAUGGAUCUGUUAAAAAGAAGAAACCAGCAGAAGAAUUGGUGGAUAGAGUUUUCAGAAAAACUGGUGGUGGAUUUGGUAUGCCAUUAAGUAAAAAGUUAAAGGCAAACGCAAUGGCAGCUCUUUUCAAAACACAAUCAGGAUUCACGGUAAAGAGAAAAGGAAGUACUUCAAGUCUUAUGUCAGCAGGAAAAAGCUUUUCUUCAGAAAAAAAUUUAAAGAGCAAGAAGCAUCUACAUAAAGGAUCUUCAGAUGGCAAAGUCUCCAUUUUAAACCCCAGACAAAAGACUGAAACAGAGGAUAGGAAACGCAUUUAUAAAACGAAGAAAAUAAAAGAAGAAAAUAAAGAUGGUAUGUUGAAAAAAUGGAAGAAAGAAGAUUCUCUAAAGGAAAAGAAUCGGGAUGUUGAAAUAGAAAAGAAUCGAGAGGCUCAAAAAGAAAAGAAUCGUGAUGUUCAGAAAGAUAAGAAUCGAGAUGGUCAAAAAGAAAAAAAUCGAGAUGUUCAUAAAGAAAAGAAUCGAGACGUCCAUAAGGAAAGCAAUCGGGAGGUUCAUAAAGAAAGGAAUAAAGAAAAAGAUAAGGAGUCUCUCCAAUCUGGACUUGGACUUUUAGCAAAAUAUGCUUCAAAUGCUUUGAAGCAACAUAUGUCAUCAAAAAAGAUCAAACGAAAACGACAAGGUUCGUGUUCAGAAGAGACAACAGAUACUGUAGUCACCGCACCAAAUAGUGAUGGAGAGUCGGCUAUUACUAAUGAGACUAACGAAAAUAUCGCUUCCACUAGUAUAGCAACUACCCCUCAAAUAGAAGACACAGAAAGGAAAGAUGUUAAAUCGGAACCAGGCAGCACUGAGAUCAAAAAGAGAAAACCGGGUCGACCACGCAAGGGAACACCUACAAGAACAACAGGUGUCACAGAAACACUUGUAGCUAAAACCUCAAAAACGUUCCAGCUAUUUCAGUAUCAAAGCUUUCAAGAUCUAGCCAAAAAGAACAAAGAUGAAACCCAAAGUAGACCAAAGGUGGAACCUGAAUCGCCUAUGAAGCCAUUGUUCUUGGACGAGGAAUGGUUGUUAAGACGAAGUGAAAGAAUAUUUCUAAGCGAUCCUAGUCCUCAGCCUAGUCCAAAUUAUACCCAGUCAUCAAAGCAAUCUGUUUCAAAACCUCAAACAAAAGCUGAACCAAAAUCAAAAAGUGAUCAAGCUAAAUUACAGAAAGCCAAGAAUAUGAAAGAACUAACUCAGAAAGUGAAAAGAAAGUACAAAAAAUCAAUGGAAAAACGAACAAGUAUGAAAGCCCUGGAAAAGAAGAAGGAACAAAGACGUGAAUUAAAAAAGAACAGACUCAAAAGUGCGGAGGUGAAAUCUCCAACCAUUGUACAUGAAAAUGACGAUAGCGAAAGUGAAGGAGAUGAUAUCCCACUUAGUCGUCUUAAAGAUAUGCCUUCAACUCCAGCACCAAGAACCUGUGUACUUACCGAAAACGAUCUCGAAGAUGGAUUAAAUGUUUUAGUAUUCAAAGAUAGUUUGUUUUAUGAAGGAACUGUUCAACCUAUUCAUCCGCCUGAUAUUUAUGGUGUACUUAUAAAAAAUGAAAGAGGAAAUCGCCCUCAUAUUUAUUCAAGAGAAGAGAUUCUGAAAGAAGUUGUAUUGGAUCUACAACCCAAUUCCAUUCAGCUGCGAGAAGGUACACGUAUUUGUGCUUACUGGAGUCAGCAAUUUAACUGUUUGUACCCUGGAACUGUUUCCAAAGGCAGUCCCAAUUCUAGUCCAGAUAUACGAUUCAUCAAUGUUGAAUUUGACGAUGGUGAUUCUGGUAAAAUUCCAAUUGAUCACAUAAGAUUGCUACAGGCAGACUUUCCACUUGUAUCAUAUGAUCCAAAUCCUCUGUUGCUUAUUGGAAAACGACGACGACAUACAACGUCAGAUAUAUCAGAACAUAGAAAAUCUGAAAAUCCUUCUGUUUCCGAUUCUCAUAUAAAAGUCAAACGUGGCCCAGGACGACCUCCAAAAAUAAAACCGGACCAUUUUUCGGAAAUUCCUUCAGAAGACGAACAAGAUAUUGAUGUUUGUGGCUUUGAUGACAGUGAUAGUGACACUGACAAAGACGAUACCGACAGUGUGUUCAGUUUACAUUCUUCGCAACAGCAUAAUAAACAUCAUGGUUCUAAAAGGAAGCAUAAAUCUGACAAUGAUAAAGAUGAAAAAGUUAAAAAGAAAAAAGUUCGUUCGGAAGAUAGGAAGAAAGAACGAAAUGUUUUUGAGGAUCAAGCUUUUAUACCACCACGACAGCUAUGGCGAUGGCAUGGUAAAAGCACAAAAAGGCCUGGAAUGAAAGGAAAAGCAAAGAAAGAAUUUUACAGAGAGAUUGUCCGUGGAAAAGAGGAAAUAAAAGUUGGAGAUUGUGCAGUUUUCUUAUCUACCGGACGACCUCACUUACCAUAUAUUGGUCGUAUUGAUAGUAUGUGGGAAUCGUGGGGAGGUCAAAUGGUUGUCAAGGUCAAAUGGUUUUAUCAUCCCGAGGAAACACGUGGUGGUAAAAAACUACAGGACAUGAAGAGAGCUCUAUUCCAGUCCCCACAUUUCGAUGAAAAUGACGUUCAGACAAUUUCACAUAAAUGUGAAGUCAUCUCUUACACAGAAUAUAGACGAGGAAAAUGUGAUAAAUUAGAGAGUUGUGAUGUGUAUUACUUGGCGGGAACAUAUGAACCUACCAUCGGAUUACUCAAAUUUGAACAAGAUGUCAUGUGACUUCGUCAUGUCUGGGUCAAGUGACUUCCUUGAAUAGUUGUGAUAUAAUUAUAUGUACAUGAAUGUGUUCAUUGAAGGUUGAGAAUUACAGAAAUCCUUACAUUGCAUUCAUAGUUUCUUAGAAACUUGUCUGCAUGGAGGUUUGAGCUGUGAUAAGUUUUGUGUUCGGAGCAUGUUUGCAAAGUCCCGAAAUGUUGUUAAGACUUGUUUUUUAAAAACAUUGUUGAAUUAUUGUUACACUAUUGUACGUUGUUCGAUUACAAAUAUUUUUGUUGAUUUUGUAAUAUUUUAUUGAAAUAAGUGCUAUGUUUAAAACAUACAGUGCUAAGAACUUUCUCACAUUUGAACUUCGCAUUUAAUAAUGAUACGGUGCUUUCAUGAAUACUUUUAUCUUUGUCUCUGGUCUAUAUUUCUUAAAUAAGAGAAUAUAAGUUCUUUUUAUCUUAUAUCUUACAAAGCAGCAUAAUGUUUAUAUGUGUAAAAUUUUCUAUAACUUGCUUUUUAGACUGUUUAUGUGCAAUAGGCCGUUUCAGAAUCUAAAGGACUAUGUGUAAUUUUAUUGUUUAUACCCCAAAAUGAAAAUAACGUCACGUCAUUGGUUGAAUUUCAAUUGAUUAGGACGUUUUUAACCAAUCACGACACUUUGGUGUACACUUUUGAAAAUAUUACCCAGAACGCAUUAGAUUCUGAAACGGCGAAUAGAUACGCUGUAUAGUUCAAAAUGUAUAUGUAUGCAGAAACAAGGAUGUGUUCAUAUUCUCCCAAGCAGGCAACAGUGAUUAGAAUCACAUUGAGUCAAACGGUUGAUAGACGCUGAAACAUUGUAUAUCUUUGGUAUAUGUCAAUGAGAUAGCAACCCAACGACACAAAUAACCAAAGAUAACUGAGAUCAACAUACAGUCUUGAAAGAAUGUAAAUUAUUUGACAGAUCUUCUAAUACACAGUAUUCAUAUGUAUUGAUUUAUAUUGAUAAAAAACGUAGCCAAAAACAAUAUAUUUGAAAACAUCACACUCUAGCAUGCCGUUGACAUAGCACACAUCAUAAAAUUCAUACUUAUAUCUGAUAGCUGACUGUUAUAAGACACUAGACAGCUUAGACUGUCAAAUUAUAUUAUCUUAACAAACCUUGGAUUCGGUGCUUUAUUAUUCCGUUUGAAAUAUAUCCUUCCCCUCGCCUCCGUGUGAAAAUAACUCGGAAUAAAUUUGGUAUAACAUUUUCGGUAAAAUUAUAUUAAUUUUAUUAUAUCUAUUUAUUAUUAUAUUGUUUAUCUGAUCUGAACACAUCCUAUGUUUUUGUUAAAAAGUCUUUCAUAACUUUUGUGUUAGAAAGGUUGUGAUGAUGUGUAUGAGAGAUGUUAUGAAUCGGCGAGAGAAAAAGUGCGAUAAAAUAGUUGAUGAAUGAACAAUAGUUGAAAUCCAAGUAAAAGUAUCAUGGAGAAUAACUGUGAGAACCUGCGUGCAUGCAAGUCAUAAAUCUGAGCUUAAGAAAAAAUCUGAACAUGCAUUUUGUCAAUAAACAUGUCUCUAGUAAA